AUGAAGUAUGGGGUGUUGUUGGGGCUGGUGGCCAGUGCCCUGCAGGAGGCAGUGCUUCACCCUGAGGACGUUGACCCUGUCAUCUUCGCCAAAGGCCUGGGCAUGGGGAUGGCAGUGGUGGUGUUGAUGCUGGCACAGCUCUGGGACCUGCUGGUGGCUGUCAGCAGUUGCAUGGGACAUAUUGAGAUGGGGUGGCUGCUAGCCCAUGAUCCCCUUGUGCCCUGUGUCAAUGGUGGCACCUUGUAGGUCAUCACUUUCUUGCAGUGCUGCUGCUGCCUCUUUUUCUCGAUGCUUGAUGCUGUCAUAGGGAACUUCCUGGAUCACUUCACCCUCAUCCUCAAGAUCUCUAGUGACCCCAGUCCUGACUACAACAUUGAACAGAUGGCCAAGAAAGGGACCAGGCUGCUGGAACUGCCCUAGAAGAUGGAGGGCAUGGAGGACUGCAUUCUGGGGCUGCUGUCGCAUGUUGAGGUGGUGGCCCUGCGCCUCCUGGCCACUGGUGAAGCCACCCCUAAGGGCUUCUGCUUCUUGCAGAAAACACCAUUCUCUAUGCUAGUGGAGGAGAUAGAAGGAAGGCACAAUGGCCUUGAUGCGAGCAACCAAGUGUUGCUGGUGGGCGGUGUCAAAUGCAACUGAAGCCUCCAGGAAAUGUGCAGUGCUCACAGGACUCAGCUGUGUGCCAGCAAUGAGAGAUUCUGCGUAGACCACGGAGCCAUCAUUGCCAAAGCUGGGUGGGAAAUGCUGUGCACGGGUCAAGUGUGUUGGACAUCACAGUCAGGCAUCAAGCAGAGGUACCACACAGAGGAAGUGGAGAUCAACUGGCAGAACUGA